GUGGCGGGAGAAACACAUGUCUGCUGCCGGCGUGGACCGCGGCGGGAGCUGAGAAUCCCGGUGCAAAGGGUGCAGAGAGGGUGAUCUCUGGUGUUCGUCUGCAUUUUAAUUACUUGUUUAAAGGUCGUGGAGGAUGGAAAGCUGAAGGAGGCCGAAAAGAGCAGUCAAGGCCACUGGCAUCUCGAGUUGGAUCAUCACACACGACUAAAGCCUUUUUGCAACUCUACUAACCCACUUGAACCUAAGGAAUCGAGCAAUACAUGGGACUACAAACCAAAGAAGAUCUUAGGUGUCUCCUCAAGAAAAUGACAACACCCAGAUAAGUUUAUUUCUCAGUUUUUGUUAUUUAUAAAUUUCAUAUUUUUUGGUUUGGCCUUCGACUCCUCUGCUGUCUUACAAUUCCUCCCUCCUCCCCAUGAAAACCCUUCUCAGAAUUACUCUUUAUUAGAUCAGUAGUCCUUUAACUCUUCUCCUCGCCUACUUAUGCACCACCCAGCACUCCAUUAGAGGCUUGCUUAGAUCUUUUCUACAGCUUACACAAUGAAUAAUUUCCUUCUAGUCCUAUUCCUGGCUUCCCAAGUCCCUUUAGGACUAGGCCUUCUAAAACCAGAACCACAACCAUGGGACCAGAACUCACUUAUUAAGAUUACUAAGGCUAUAGCAUCGGGGAACGUCACUAAUUGCUGGGUCUGUCACAAGUUCCCACAAGCUAUAGGCCCCACACAAUAUUUAGCUAAGCCAGAGAACAAAUUUGGUAAUGAGACCUGGCGCUCAGAGCUAGCAUAUAUUGCCAAACCAAGUACAUAUGCUACCCUUUUCACUCUGAUUAACAUAACCACCUCUCCAUCUACCUGCCUAUACACCGCGACAUCUAAACAUAAGCCUGCUCGUCCAGGAAAAGAGUUUCCUGUCUGCAAUGAAACUAAGACUGCUCUAUGUAAACUUAGAGCCUUGUAUUAUUCCACAUGGUGGCCUGCGAAUAUUUCCUCGUGUAACACCAUUGUUCCUAUGGUUUUAACUAGCACCUCCAACACAAUCUGUGCUCCUGAGGGAAUGGUUUACAUAUGUGCAUAUUCCACGAAUAGCACAGCAGGCAUUGGUCCAGUACACACCACCCCCACUGGAUACAUGGCCACUUCAUGCCUAAAUCCCUAUCUCAUUUAUGGGAUGUGCACCUUAGGAUACCUAACUCCUAGCCUGGCCAUUUACAAUGCAACAACACCUUCCUGGCAUAACAGAAGACUCCUAAACAACACCUUAACUUGGGGAGGGAAGAACUUGACUUCCCUUGUCCCUUGGGCAGGAUACAUAGAACAUGAAUUCAUCCUUGCUAAUCUCACUGCUGAAUUAGAAAAGCUCUCAAAUGAAACAAGGGGAGCUCUCCGUGAACCACAACAGUCCCUCAACGUAUUAACCAAUCCACUCUUAGACAGUCGUAUUGCCCUGGACUAUCUUUCGGCUGCAAAAGGAGGAGUCUGCACUGUUCAAAAUACUACAUGCUGCACCUACAUCAAUAACUCCGCUAAAGUAGAAACAAGAAUACAAGAGAUUUUAACCACCACAUGACCUGGCUAAAGAACCUAAAAGAAACCCAACUUUUGCCCAGUAUGGCAACCUCACUUGCUUAGAAUUGACAAAAGUGAUUAUGGUUUCUCCUCGGACCCCUUAAAAUCCAUCUCCUCAUCAUAUUAGGAAUACUACUAUUUGGUCCCUGUUUGUUUAACCUACUUGUGAAAUUUGUUUCUUCCAGAUGACAGCUAUUCUACCUCCAGAUAAUGGUUCAUUAUGGUUUUCAACCCUUCCUUUCCACCACAGAAAUAGCUCGACCUCUUGAUUGAGCUGGCCAACGACUCUGAGAAAACUACCCUUUGCCCUGACACAUAGCAAGAGAAUGAGACCCAAUCCCCACCUUCGCCCAGUUGUCAGCAGGAAGUAGCCAGAUGAUUGUCUACGUCCAGAAUCCCCCAACAAAUUGGGUGUCAAACUCUUGAUGGGGGGAAUGUUAGAGUAGGCAGUUAGAUAUGAGCAGGGCAGAGAUAAGACAAACUGAACAAAGACCAUGCUUGAAUAAAUGGAGGGGAGCUAAAAACUUUGCAAAGUUAGAUAAAGCAAGAAGGAGGAAUGUGGCUAAAGGACUCGGCACCAAGAGGGCAAAUGUUGCAAAACACCUGCAGACAAAAUUCCAGAAUGCCCAUCAGCUAAGGGACAAAUGGUACAAUAAGACGGAACAAGGGAGGGGCAAGAAUAAAAAACCAGGAACUAGGCCCAUUCAGGGCACUGGGACCUCACUUGAGCUGCCUGUCUGUCCCUCAGAUGUACUUUUACUUUCAAUAAA